GUGCUUCCUUCGUCUUUUGCCGCGUUUCCACCGACAUUACCUGGAACUUUUCUCCCAGGAACUUUUCUCCCAGGAACUUUUUUGUCCCCCCAGACCUGUUGCCUUCUGCGUUUCCACCGCGGUCUAAAGUACCGGGAAGAUUAUGCUAAUUUGUCCAGUGACAUAGUAUUGCGUGCGACUGCUUCUUCUUGUCAGGGACAGACUGUAAUCAUUCUUGUGCGACAGAAAAGGUAGAAUGGAUGAGAUCCAAGGAGCGCUGCUUCUGCUCAUGUUGUAUUGGUUUACUCAAGAAAUAAUGAACCAAACGGCAGAAAACAGACGAGCACUGAUAGUAAAGCGUAUUCAGAAAGCUCGUAAUGCUCGAUACAAAAUGAGACAACGUGUCUUAUCAGCAAUUGCCAACAUCGACCGUGAGAUGGCUGGGACGAACGCGCGACAUCGGGCAGAAAGAACAAGAUUGAUUUGCGAGUACUAUCGAAUGCGUCGCGUUGCGCCAUCAGUUUGGGUACACAAUAGAACAACUGCGUUGUGGGACAGCGUGGUUUCUACUUUCACCGAGGCCCAGUUGAUAAAGAAUUUCCGGAUGUCUAAAGAUACUUUUAUGUACCUCUGUCAUCGAUUGCAACCUCAACUGGAGAGACAAGACACAAACUACAGACUUUGUGUACCCAUCGAAAAAAGAAUCGCCAUUGCACUGUGGAAACUAGUGACCAACUCAGAGUACAGAAGCAUCUCUCAUUUAUUUGGAAUUGGAGUUGCUACUGUGUGUCGAUGUGUUCAUGAUUCUUGCCCCGCUGUUGAGAAGGUACUCAUGCCAGAAAUUAUUAAACUACCAAACAGUGAAAAGUUCAAAGAAAUGGCUACAUAUUUUGAACGCAGAUUGGGGUUGCCACAGUGUGUAGGUGCAAUUGAUGGGUCACACAUCCCCAUUCUUGGACCUGAGGACUACCACACAGAGUACUUCAACCGAAAGGGCUGGCAUUCGAUCAUUCUGCAGGCUGUUGUGGAUGGAAGGGGUCUUUUUUGGAAUGUCUUUGUUGGAGCACCAGGCAGCCUGCAUGAUGCCAGAGUGCUGCGUUUGUCAGGUUUGUGGGGACUAGUGGAUAGGGGUUUGUUACUACCUGAUGUAACAAAAAACAUUUGUGGACAUGACGUGGGGUACUUUGUCCUUGGUGAUGCAGCUUAUCCUUUGAAGAGCUGGCUGAUGAAACCUUUUACCGACAACGGACAACUGACACCCCAAAAAAUUGUGUACAAUCAAAAAACAGGCAGAGCCAAGGGUGGUGGUGGAGAAUGCUUUUGGCAGACUAAAAGGAAGAUGGAGGUGUUUGCUAAAACGAAAUGACUGUAGUACGCACAAGGUCAAAUCUCUGGUGAUAGCAUGUUGUGUUCUGCAUAACCUUUGUGAAAUGAAUGGUGAUGAGUUCAGGGAAGAAUGGGUGGUAAGUGCAUUAAACCAGCCUGAUGGUGCUCAGUCGGCCACUGUAGAGGCUGAGGGACUAGAUGCACGCACAGCUCUAAUGCAGUUUUUGACGACAACGUAGUAAGCUGCAGUAUCACUGCAAUGUAAUGUGAACAGCUGU